AUGGAGGAUAGCAUGCAAAGCUACCAACAAGCUGUAUUGGCAUUCAACGCAAGAUUGCGAUGUAUUGCCACUGAGACAGCUGCAAGGUUGGAAAUGAUUGGUUCUAGCGGUGAAGGAAGUGGUGUUCGGAAAGGAAGUAUGCCAUCUCAGAGCAGUUGGCCUCGACCUGUGGUAUCCUGGCUUCCAGUGAUCCCUGAAGAAGAGCUUAAUGGUGAAUUCGCCAUAGUGAAUAGUAUGGAAGACUGGCUGGUGAAGGUGUGCCACGAAUCUAAUAUUUCUGGGCCGUGUUUCUUCAAGCAGGAAAGAUAUGUCGGAGACAAAGGCCCGUUUUUUGGAUUUACUGUGGUGGUUCCAGGCGAGCCGUACGAGGUUGAACUCAGUGCUAAGGGUCGGUUUUCUUUGGUAGAAAAGGCGGCUCGUGAAGAUGCGGCGCAAGAGAUGCUUGGCCAAGUCCUGGAAAUUACCGGCAAGGAAAUUAAAGAUUAUUACUACUCAAGAGUGAAGCUUCUUCGAGACAGUAAUACAGCACUCCGUGCUAAGGUGGGCCAGCUGGAGGAUGCUUAUGAGAAGCUUUUGGCCAGUUAUGAGGCUGUUGUGAACGCUCGUAUCGAAGGCCAAUCCCCUUGA